UUCUGUAAAUCUAGACAACUUCGGUGAGAUUUAUCUGCGCGUCAUUAAUUAUUUUUUGUUUUAAAAGGGUCCAAAUUCCAUACUUUAGCUGCGCCAAAGUGCGACUGAUAUCACGGUAGACAAGCCAAAAAAGCAAGGAAUUGGGAGCAAUAACAAUUUCCUUUUAGUUUUAGGACGAAAAAUGUCGAUUAAAUGUCGGGGCCUGCAACACAACGUCAACGUUAUUGUCUUUUUAUUUUUACAUUAUCUUUGAUAAAGUAUAUAGAAUGGUCAUCGUUCUGACAUCAUUAAGCAAGCAGCAGCAUGAGAAGCUUUAUUGUUUUUAUCUAAAUAUUUUUUUAUUUUUAUUUUAUGAGCUGCAAUUGUUAAUCUUUCCUUCACGUUAUUCUUUUCGAAAAAAUAUCUCAUUAAGGCGCUCCAGUUUGGCUAUAGAGGGCUUUCGCCCAACGUGAGGUGACUAUGCAAAAAUGAUUCAAAUCAAAAACCAUCAAAGCCAUGCGCCAUCUGAAAAGAUAUUACGAAAAUGUGUAAAAUAAUAUAACGUAACAGGUCAGUCUCCUGUCGCAUUUUUGCACGAAAUGCAUCGCAUAUUCUUCUUUAUUAUGUGUUUCUAUUGUGUAUUGCAACCAGCACGAAAGAAUUUAAAAGGAAAACACAUAAAAUUCAUUAAACGUUUAAAUAUUAAAUAGUUUAGCAGAUAUGUUUCCCAUUAAAUAAUCCUUUUUAGUGCUUCAAUACUUCAAUGGCUUAAUAAUCAUUUUCAAUGUGUUGGAAAUAUUUAAUGGAGCGAAAACUUUUUAUGAAACAUAACUACAGCACUGUUUUAUUGUGUACGUAACACAUUUUCUUACGUGAGAAAGUAUUAAAGUAACAAUAGGAAGUAUAAAUAUAAACGUAGAACGAAUAAGAGCAAUUAGAUGGACAAGGAACCCCUCCAAGGAGCAAUUAAGACUAAAAGCUAGGCAAUACUGCCACUGCUGAGAUACAGGAGUGUCAAUAACACAGCUAUGGAGACUAAUUUUCUACCCUUUUUUUGCUUGUGUGUGUAGAGUCUAGUUUGUUUUGUGUAUCCAUAGUGCUAUAUUUCUCAACAUUUUACAGUCGAAUACUUUUAUUAAGAGAUUUACAUUAAGGUAACGAAAGGCAAUCAAUUGUACAAGUGUAAACGGGCGUAUUUUUAAAGCGCCCUUAUCUGGUAUUGGGGAAAUAUUCACAAGUAAUUGAGUACUAAUGAGUAUAGCGGUCGGUGGGUAAAUCACAAGCAUACAUCAAACAUUUAACUCGUGUUGAUCAGAAAUUAGGGAUAACCUAGUAAAGUUUAAAAAGGAAUGAUAACUGCUAAUACGGAGGUAUAAAAGUUAUACCUCCAUCCGACUAUUGAAUAAAAGCUGGCUGCUUGCACAUUCUUACUCUGGGUGUUCUUGAUCGUAAUUAUCCUGCACUUAAUUAGCAUUUAUAGCUGUAAUAAAUAAAAGAAUAAUUUAAAACGACUUGUCUCUUUUUAUACAUUUAAAAUAUUUUGCCUGUUUUUAUUGAUAGGUUAUUUUUAUGUUGCUAGCUUGUGAGCUUAUGUGUGUUUUCAAAUAAUAGCUAUUAUGAAUUCAACAUGGUCAGAUGUAUUAUGACCCAGCUAAAAUGAAUUGUAAAUAUUGAUAUAAAAAAAGUUGUGGCAUUUUAAAAAGGCCUUCGUAAGAUUCUGUAUAGCUAUAGCCCUAUUGUUCUGUUGGAGCAUAUUAUUUCUAGUGCGGACGAAGGUAUAAAGAAAAAUGUCGACAAAAUAUAUCACUGAGCGAGAAAUGUUAAAACAUGUUGGCGAAUUUGGAAAGUACCAACGGCUACUGGAUGUGAUAUUUUGUAUUAUGGUGAUACCCCAAUCAUAUCAAGAGUUGAUUAUGUAUUUUGGAACAUUAAUCCCCAGUUGGAAGUGUGUAGCUAACAAUACGAUUUGUACCUCAAACGAUGUUAUGACGUAUGAAGAUAAAUCACGAUGCCCUAUGCCACGAGAUUCAUGGACAUACACCGAGAACAAUCAAUUUUCAAUCGUUACUGAAUUUGAUAAUUAUUGCAACAGCGAAUGGCAAAUUCAUUUAGCGUCUUCAAUAUCCUUUAUAAGUUGGGCAUUUGGUGCUGUUGUGUUAGGAUGGGUAACUGAUAAAUUCGGACGACGAAAGGUUCUUUUACCGUCUGUGGCGAUCAUACUUAUCGUUGGGUUAAUAACAGCCUUUCUUCCAAACGUUUAUUUGAUAAUUCUAGCAAGGUUUAUUGUUGGAUUUUUUGGCACAGGUACUACAUUGCAAGAAUUUAUUCUUCUCUCUGAAUUCGUCGGUGAUAAAUACCGUGCCUUUGCUGGUACUAUCAUUUGGGUUUUUUAUUCAAUUUCCCUCGCAGCGCUUGCAAUAAAAGCAAACUUUACAAGGAAUUGGAGGACUUUAUUCAUUGUAUGCACUGCUCCAUAUGUAUUUACUUUUAUUUUCUUUAAAUUCAUUCCCGAAUCUCUUCGUUGGCUUAAACUUAAUGGAAAAAAGGAAGAAAUAAAGAAAUCAUUUCAAAAUGUUGCAAAAUGGAACAGAACCAGAAUUCCUAAUAAUACAUUUAUUGUAAUGAACAGUGAAGCAGACGAAUUAAAAUCUAGCUAUAAAAAUCUUUUUAGCAGUCCGAAGUUGGCACUGAAUUCUGUCAUUCAAGGUUAUGCUUGGUUCGUCAACGGUUUGAUUUUUUAUGGCAUUUCCUUUGCGGCGGACGACUUAGGUGGAUCUGUUUAUGUGAAUUUUGUGAUACUAGUAGCAGCGGAUCUACCAGGCACUAUAAUUUCAAUAUACAGCUGCAAUACUUUUGGAAGAAAAAAAACUGUUAUUUUGGCAAUGCUAGUAUCUUGUAUAGCUUGCUUUGGUAUUGCCUUUGUAGAAGAUACAGGUAUAAGUUCUACAAGAACUGCAAAAGUGGCGUGCGGCUUUUUUGGAAAGCUGUUUAUCAUGAUUAGUUAUGUAUCUUGUUAUACUUGGUCGGUGGAAAUAUUUGAUACUGCUGUCCGAGGAAAAGGAAUGGGUUAUUUACAAGUACUGCAAAGGUUUGGCGCCGCUGCAUCACCUUGGGUGUUAAAAGGCUUAAAACCAGUUAACCAUCGAUUGCCAUUUAUUGCAUUUGGAGUAUUAGGAAUGGUAUGUGUUACGUUGCUGUUUGUACUACCUGAAACAAAAGAGAAGAAAAGGGUGAUAGCCAAAAAAGAAAACAUUUUUGUCAUGUUUAAAAAUAGGAAUACAUAAUAGUUAUUUUCUAUAAUUUUAUGUGUUUCAGAUGGAAAGGAAAAAACUUAUGCAAAUACACCUUUCCCGAAUUGCAUGUUUUAAAUAACUUAAGAAUUUUUAUGUUUUGACUUUAAGAUCACAUUCAGCAUCAUUAAAUUAGUGUGUGUUUAAAUUUGUAACUUAGUGAAAAUGCUGUUUUGGUGGUAUUAAUGUUACGGUUAAAGUCUUCUUAAUCUUUAAAUUGUAAGUUUAAUUAGUACAAAAUUAAAAAAAACUGUUUUAACAGGUUGUUUUUUACUGUACGAAUCUGAAGAUUUCACAUUUUAUCAAGUUUCAUGUGAGGAUGUCAGAAAUCACAUUCAUUUUCUUUGAAAAAGUUAAAAAAUAGCAGCGGUACAUCAAAAAAAACUAAUUCGGGAAAGGUGUAUUUGAUUGUGUGCAAAAUAAAUCUCAAAGUAAUUUUAUUACAACAAGUAGCGUUAUCAAUAACUAUUCCGAUGCUAACGCAAUUCUAGUCCUUGUCAUGAUAAAAAGCUCUUGGAAAAAGGUAACUAAGAUUAUUUACCCCAUCGUUAGGACUUACAUUUGUUUUCUUUCUUGCAGUCCUUGCAAAGCCUCCUUCUCUAAUGUAACUUAAGAAAGUUUUAUGUUAGCACUUUUAUUAUAAUGUGCACAGAAAGUCUCAAAAGUUUAAGUGAGUGCACAACGUUGUGCUUUGUUUUUCCUUUGGACACAUAUUCCAGUUUGUUCAGCUAGAAUUCGACAUACAUUAAAUUGGGAUAAGGCGAUAGUUGU